AUGGCCGAGGCUGAGUGGUCCGAUUUUGAAAGAGAAGCGGACUUGGCAACAAAUUACACGACGGCCAGGAGGAAUACUCGUCAAUCUGACGUACAGCCGCAUAUGGAAAAAGAGACGGAAUCUGCUCCCCCAAAGGCGUAUGAGACUCCUUGCGACCGCAUCAAGAAUUAUGCUCGGUCCAUUAAGAAUGAUGCGGCCAAGAGCAAGAACCUCAAGGGCGACAUAUGGGGGAGCAUAAACACCGCGUGCAACGAGUUGAUUGAGCUUGCUGACUUGCUCGGGGAGUCAGACGUUGUCCGCUCACUCAAAGCGGACAACCUAAGGAUGCGGCAAGAACUCGACCUUCUCCGCAAGGAGACGAAAGCGUUGCGCACGGCUUUUUCGGAACGCAAUUUAGUGGCGGCACAAACGGCACAAACGAUGGAGAAAAGUGACAACACGUCUCUCCUUCAGGAAAUGAAGAACUUAAUGGACGUUCGCCUAGGGAAAUUCAGCCAUGAAAUCUUUGUUUCCAUAGGCAAUAUGGUCAAUACUCGCUUGGAGACUGUGGAGGAGCGUUUACCGCCUGAGCCCAUACUACGGCCACCAUUGGCUGCUGAUAGAAGGGUGCCCACGGCUCGGGAAGUGAUGGAUCACACUGGUGAGGAGCCUAGCGCCCCCAGGAUGAAAAAUAAAAAUGUGAGGCCAUCCCAGUCGGUUUCCCAAAUAGAGUCUAGCCAAACAGCUGCAUCUCGGGUGGUUAAACCGGCGAUCCCUGCGUCCAGUGCAAGGCGAGUGGCUCGUCCAAAUGUGCCGCCGCCUGCGCCCCCACAGGAAAAGUGGACAACGGUGGUCAAUAAGAAGAAGGCUAAGGGUACGGGCCCUACUGCUUCCCAGCCCCAACAGAAGCAGGAUCCAAAUAGGGGAACACCCCCCAAAAAGAUGACGGCCCCAAAACUUGUGGUACCAACCAUGGCGGCAGUGGUGGUGGCUCUUAAACCUGAUGCUCAGACGGAUUAUAGAUCGGUCAUGGAAAAGGCCACUACGCUAAAAUUGGCAGAACUGGGUGUUGAUCACCUCAAAGUGCGUAAAUCGGCCACAGGGGCACGAAUCAUUGAGGUUCCAGGAGCACAAAGCAGCCAGGCGGCUGAUAACUUGGCCGAUCGACUGCGUGUGCUUGUAGGUGACGUUGCUGAAGUGUAUCGGCCAGUGAAAAAGGCUGAAAUUAGGAUUUCUGGUUUUGACGAAUCUAUCACCCCGGAAAUCCUAAAAAAGGAGGUGGCGAUCCGAGGCAAAUGCCAAGAAGAUCAAGUCUCCGUCGGGGCUAUAAGAAUGGCGGCUAAUGGUUCUGGUUCAGUCAUUUUACGCUGCCCACUCACAGCAGCUAAAGUGGUAGUCACGGCAGGACGUAUCAUGCUGGGUUGGUCAGCGGCGCGGGUGGAGGCUAUGGAACAGCUGCCCUUACGGUGUUACCGCUGCAUGGGGACGGGACACACGAGACCUUUGUGCCCGUCCCUGGUGGACAGAGGCGACUGGUGCUACAGAUGCAGCAAACCGGGUCACAUGAGCAAGGACUGCACAGCCUUGGUGCCCUGGUGUGCUGUAUGCCAUCAUGCUGGUCUUAAGGCAGGACAUGUUAUGGGCGGGCAAGCUUGCUCCCCACCACCAGUAAGAGGGAAGGAGGUUCACAAUAUGGGCCCUGCAACCCCCAGAACGCUGUAA